AUGAUUAUACGGGCCAAUCUACGCCAAAUUCUCACGUGUUCACGGCAAUUCUCAAACGGUUUCGUUCGAAUCGGCGGCGUACGCGUCAAACGCAAACACGCUCAGAAUUCCGAUUUUGUUCCCGCAUUUUAUGGACCUGAAAGCCAACCGCCAAAGGACCUUCUCGGCCAUUUGAAAUGGCUAAUUCAAAAAGAUCUACUCAAACAGGACGUUUUUCUGCUCGGCACUCCAGGAAAACUUCGCCUCGAACUCGUCCUCCGCUAUCUGGAGCUUACAAAUCGAGAAUUCGAGUAUCUCUCGAUUACGCGCGACACAACCGAAGCCGACAUAAAGCAAAGAAGAGAGAUUCGGAAUGGAACUGCUUUUUAUACAGAUCUGUGUGCCGUUCGAGCGGCGUUAUCCGGCCGAGUUCUUGUGAUCGACGGCGUCGAGCGCGCCGAAAGAAACGUUCUUCCAAUUCUCAACAAUCUUCUCGAGAAUCGAGAAAUGCAGCUCGACGAUGGCCGAUUCUUAAUGAAGCAUGACAAAUACGACGAGUUGAUGAAGAAGUACAAUAAAGAGACGUUGACAAAAAUGGGAAUCGAGAGGGUCUCCGAGAAUUUCCAUGUCAUCGCUCUCGGUUUGCCGGUUCCGCGAUUCCCCGGCAAUUCUUUGGAUCCGCCGUUUCGAAGUCGAUUCCAGUGUCGGAACACCGAUGAUUACACGUUUGACACAUUUCUCGAGCAAGCCUAUCAAAUUGCUCCGAACGUCGAGCAGAACGAUAUCAAUGAUCUCAUAUCGCUGGUUUACGCGUUCAAUUCCGAAUCCUCAAACUCAAGACCGCGAAUCGCCGUCUCCGUCGUCGAGCAUUGCCUUCAUGUCUGGAAUCGGAAUCCAACAUAUUCGGCGUCGCAAAUCGUCAACAUGUGCUAUCCGGCGAAAGAGGUGCUCACCGACAGCGAGAAGGAGCUCAUGGAGCAGUUCAAGACGAAGUUCGAACUAUCCGAUCAUCGAACCGAGCAUGUCAUCGAUGAAAGCUCGUCGAGAAAUGGAAAGACUCGUGUAAAAAUCGCCGGAAUCGAUCUCGAGAUCCCAACGCCUCCGAACUCGUCGCAAGUGACCUCAACCUGGAUUCCAACGAAGACACAAGAGACCCUUCUGGCCGAUCUGGCCAUCGCGUUCUCGCAAGGCGAUUUCGUUCUCAUCGGCUCAAAAGGAUCGGGAAAAUCGCGAAUUCUCAACGAGCUCUCGAAACGCCUCAACUUCAACGCGGUUUCGAUGGUCCUUCAUCAGGACAUGAACACGCGCGAGUUGGUGCAGCGAAGGCACAUCAAAGACAACGGCGACACCGUCUGGGAGGACAGUCAACUCGUGAAGGCGGCACGCGACGGCGACGUUUGUAUUCUCGACGGCGUCGAAACGGUCCAUCCGAGUGUUCUGAUGUCGCUCGCGCAGCUCAUCUAUCAUCGCCGAUUCGAUUUGCCGAACGGCAAUCGCCUAGUCGGCGACGACGAGUUUGCGCGCAUUCAGAAGCGCGAUGCGCUCGACGAGCGCGAGCUCAACAAUCGCGGUCUCUUCAAAAUUCCCGCGACAUUCCGUCUGGUGUUCGUCGGCGAAUCGCAAACGAAAGAGCAUCGAUGGCUCAAUGAGAGUGUGCUCUCGUUGCUGCCAAUUUUGGCGGUGCCGAAUCUCACAAUCGGCGAGCAACUCGAGAUCAUCACGAGAAUCACGGGCGACACCAACACCGACUCGUUGGCGAAAUUGGCGAAAUUCGUCCAGAAACUCAAGACGUCGCACGACACCGGUUUGCGCAACGCCGCCGCGUCGCUCUCACUUCGCCGCCUCAUUCAUAUCGCGCGACGCGACACAAUUGAAUCCGGCCAUUUGAGGGAGCUCGUCGAAAAAGCGGCGCUCGCGAAAUUUUUGCCGCCGCUCACGAAAGAGACGUUCGACAACGAGCUCGAUCGUGCGCAAAUUGUGAACGACGAACGCCGACGCGACGCCAACGCGACGAGCUAUUUGGGUUUGAUUCGCGCCGAGACUCGACGAGCCGAAGACGAGGCCCUCAUACCGAACGUGGUGUUCCAUGACAACGAGCAGCACACCGAAAUUCUCGAGGACAUGGCUCGCGAUAUGUACCUCGGCAGCCAUUUGUUGCUCAUCGGCAAUCAGGGUGUCGGCAAGAACAAGCUCACCGAUCGCUUCCUACAUCUGAUCAAUCGACCGAGGCAAUACAUGCAGCUUCAUAGGGACACGACUGUGCAGACGCUCACAAUGCAAACCGUCGUCGAGAACGGUGUGAUUCGGCAAGAGGACAGCGCGCUGGUGAAAGCCGCCCGAAGCGGCCAGAUUCUUGUGAUCGACGAGGCCGACAAAGCGCCGCUUCACGUCGUCGCGAUUCUCAAAAAUCUUCUCGACACCGGUUGUCUCGUUCUCGGCGACGGUCGAACGUUGAAGCCGUCGAAUCGGCUCAGCGAGGCGGAUCGCAACGACGCCGGCGUGGUGCCGAUUCAUUCGGCGUUUCGCAUCAUCAUGCUCGCGAAUCGGCCCGGCUUUCCGUUUCUCGGCAACAAUUUGUUCGCGGUGCUCGGCGAUCUCUUCGCGAUUCAUAUGAUUGAUCAUCCGAGUCGAUCGAGUGAACUCGAGAUGAUCCGAAAAUACGGGCCAAACGUCGACGAGUCAAUUCUCAAUAAGUUGUUGACAAUUUUCAAUGAGCUUCGCGACAAGACCGAUCAAGGCCUACUACAGUACCCCUACUCGACUAGAGAACUUGUAAAUAUUGUGAGGCACUGUAACGAUUUUCCCGACGAUCCACUACCGGAAGUCGCGCGCAACGUCUUCGAUUUUGACGUCUACAACGACGACACGAUAGCGACGAUCGAGAGCGUGUUCCAGAAGCACGGAAUUCCGCUAGGUGUUUCGCGUGGCGCCGCCGCCGCCGCCGGCGAGCGAAUCGCCAUCGCCGAACGAUUCGCUCUCGGCGACCUGCGACAACUCGGCGAAUGGCGACUGAAGCGCUACGCGUUUCCCGAGCAUUUCGGUUUCGGCGAGGCACGCGAUGUCGAAAUGAAAUUCGGCGAACGCGUUCGUCGCAAGACCAAAGAGCUCGACAAAAUGCACAUGAGGAAUCGCGUGUUUUCGGAGCUCGUUUGCCAAUGGAAAUUGCCGUUGAUCGACGACAACAUCGUGUCGGACGCGUGCCGAUUCGGCGACGGUGGUCUCGUCGCGAUCACCGUGAAUCCGGUGAGCCUGAUUCACGCCAAAGAUCUCGUCGAAUCGCAGCAGAUUGAGCAUAUCGAUAUCGCAACACUUCUUCCAUCGCUAACGAAACGAUUCAAUUAUGGCUACCGACCGAAUCUGAAGAUAUCACCUAUUGAUGAGAGCACAAUAUUAAUCCAUGAUGAAUUCAGCAAUCGUUUGAUUCUUUACAACCUCAACAAUCAUCGAGGGUUCCAGGUUCACGAGAAAUCGCUAGCCGAACACUUCAAAGCCAUGUUCGUUGUCGAUGAGAAGACCGGCUGGAGAAUGGCGCCGUCGAACCGAAAAUCGGCAGUGUUAUACGAAAAAGGCGGCAAUUGCAUCAACAUUUAUCACAUGGAUAACGGCCAACUCAAAGUGAACAAUGGUCAAGUGCCAUUUCGAAUUAAACGGAUCGUGCCAGUCGGAGGCGAGGAUCACUGGAUCCUGGUGACAGCCGACAAUGAGAACUUUGCAAUUCGUCGUGUCGGCGACCAAAUAAUAAUGGAGACAAUGGCGAAUGAUGUGCCCAUCGAUCCGAUAUCGGCGAAAUCAUUCGACAAACAAAUGAUUCUUGCUUCGGACGCCUAUUACUACAUUCAAGGUGACUAUUUCGACGAUGAGCGAGCUUCCGUCAGCGGAUAUCCACGGAAAACGGCGGACAAGGUCGUCGACCAUCGCCGACCCUAUUAUUUGUCGGACGAGAAGACCGCCGUCAAUAUUGAUCCGGGAAGGGAGAUCGUGUUCACCGGCAAGACGAUCAUCCGAAGUCAACCGAAAUGGAAUGUGCCGAGCGACGCGCUCAAACCCGACAUGGCGUCGGGACGAAUCGCCGGUUUUCUGGAGGCCGUCGACACCGAAGCCAAACAGGUUUGCUAUGUGCCGGUGCCGAUGCCGAACGUGAGGAAUUACAACGACGAUUGGAUCGGCUCAAUCACCAAGACGGGAUUCGUGUUGGUGCCGUGGAGCGACGACAAGGUGUUGACGGUGAGCAGCGGCGGCGAGAUUCGAUCCUACGAGCUUCUCAUGAGCUCAAUGAUCAGCUCGUUUCAAGAAUGGAAGCGAAUGACGUCGAAAGGCGACGAGAAUUUGAGGAUGGAGUUUGAGCGCGACGAGGACAAAGUGGAUUUGUCGAAGCUCGAUGAGCCGAAACUCGGAAAAAUCGAUCCGAACAAUGCGCCGCAUCACGGCGGCAAUCAAUGGAUGGGCGGCACCGGCGGCUACAACACGGCGGGACUCGGCGGAAUCGGCGGACCGUUUCGUUUGGACGCCGGACACGAUGUUCAUCAGAUGCCCGAGUUUGCCAAGCAACAAGUGCCCGAGCACAUUUUGAAGAAGGCGCGAGAGAUCGCCAAACAGGAAUAUUCGAAAAAGUUGAGGGAGAUCAACAUGAGCGAGUACGACGCCGAACAGUACGACAAAAUUUGGAGAAGUGUGUCGGCGAACAGCAAAAAGUUGAGCGCCGUCAUCGAGCAGCUCGAAGCGAAGCGAAAAGAGCGCGAAUGGGCGAAACAUCAGACGAGCGGCGAUCUUGACGACGCGAAACUCAUCGAGGGCGUCAUCGGCGAACACAACAUCUAUCGGCGGCGAAUCGAUAAGGCGCCAGACGCGGGCGCGCCGCAAACGAAACCGAAACGAUUGAAGUUGUGCUUCGACUGCUCCGGCUCGAUGUACCGAUUCAACGGCUACGAUAAACGCCUUCAGAAGACACUUGAGGCCGCACUAAUGAUGAUGGCGUCACUUGAAGGGAAAACCGAUAAGGUUGAGUACGACAUCGUCGGUCAUUCGGGCGAUUCGCCGAGAGUCGCGUUCGUCGACAAAGAGUCGUAUCCGAAGAACAACAAAGAGCGUCUGAAUGUUUUGAAGAAGAUGCUCGCGCACACGCAGUAUUGCAUGAGCGGCGACAACACCGUCGAGUGUAUGCAGUUGGCCGUCAAAGAGUUGGCGCCAAAAGAUGAUUACGACGAGAAGGUGGUGAUAUUGGUGUCGGACGCGAAUCUCGAACGGUACGGCAUCGCGCCGGCCGAGUUGCGACGCGAAAUGACCAAAGAGACGAGUGUCAAUUGUUUUGUGAUAUUCAUCGGAUCGCUCGGAACACAAGCCGAAGAACUGCUCGCCGAGCUGCCAACGGGUAAAGCGUUCGCGUUACGCGACACCGACGAGUUGCCGAAAAUAAUGGAGACGAUAUUCUCAUCGACAAUCGCGCAAUGA